AUUUACCAAAACAGAAUUGGAGGGGGAGGUAUAAAAUUAAGCAACAGCAGUACACAAGUUAUUGCGUGCUGUCAACUUAGGUUGACAUUAUGGCUUUUCUGUUCAGGCUGGUGAUGGUCUCCUUAUUGGCAUUGGAGAUAUGUAAAGUAAAAGCUUCAUAUGUGCCUUCAAAGCCUGAGGUUGGGAUUCUAACUCGGGGUCCAAACAAACCACACAAACUCCCAGAUGUGCAACGCUAUGCCCCAUGGUUUCCAAGGGGUUUCCAUGGUUUCUUUACCCCUCAGCAGGAACAGGGCAGUAAUAAACCUCAGCUGCCUACUGAGCCGAAGUUCCCAAUUGGAGGUCCAGUCCCUCUGUUUAAGCCACCACAGUUCCCUAGAGAGCCUCCUUGUCAAGCAGGUUCUUGCAGGUCACCAACAUUCCCUGUUGAGCCAAAGUACCCAAUAGGCAGUCCAGUCCUUCUGUCCAACCCACCAGCGCUUCCUAUUGUGCCAGAGUACCCAUUCAGAUUUGUAGUCCCCCUGUCCAACCCACCAAUCCUACCUGUUGAGCCAAAGUACUCAAUAGGCCAUCCAGGCCAGCUGUUCUACCCAUUAAUGCUUCCGAUGGCCCCAGAGUACCCAGUAGGAUUUCCAAUUCCUCCCUUAAACCCACCAACGCUUCCUGUUGAGCCCAAGUACCAAACAGGAUUUCCAAUCCCUCCCUUAAACCCGCCAACGCUUCCUGUUGAGCCCAAGUACCAAACAGGAUUUCCAAUCCCUCCCUUAAACCCGCCAACGCUUCCUGUUGAGCCAAAGUACCCAAUAGAAGGUCCAGUCUCUUCAGUCAAGCCACCACAGUUUCCUAGAAAGCCUCCUUGUUCAAGUAGAAGACAAUCAGGUUCUUGCUGGCCACCAGCUUACCCCACUGAACCAAAGUACCCAAUAGGAGGUCCAGCCCUUCCAUCCAACCCACCAGGACUUCGUGUUGUGCCAGACUACCCAUUUGGAUUUCUAGUCCCCCUGUCCAACCCACCAGCGCUUCCUGUUGAACCCAAGUACCCAUUUGGAGGGCCAGUCCCUCUGUUUGACCAACCAGUACUUCCUGUUGAGUCAAAGUAUCCAAUAGGAGGUCCAGUACCUCAGGUCCAACCACCACAGCUUCCUAGUAAGCCUCCUUGUUCAGUGGGGAGUCCCUUUAGUGUUUGUAGGCUACAAACAUUCCCUGUUAAGCCCAGGCAUCCUACAGAGGCUCCAGUCAGCCACGGCCUAAUGCCUUUUUUCCAAACCUUGGAGUCUGGCAAGGUUCCUAAAGAGCCCCUGCAUCGUGGAGAGCCACCCAAGAGUCCAGGAUGCUAUAGCAAAUGGCCAUUUCUGCAAUCAAAGCCCUGCAUCUAGAGCACUUCAGAAGGUCCAGAAGUAAUGAUGCCAAAUUAUUCACCUCUGUCAAUAAAGGACUCAUUACAACACUUAUGUUUUUUUUUUGUUUUAUUUUGGUCUUUAAUAAAGUGGCUCUAAUCU